CGUUGCAUGGCAUGCACUGGCGUGAAUCGAAACGUGUUCGUAGUGGGUUUCGUUAGCUGACGGAAUUCAUACCUAGACGGCAUUUAACUUUGUUGGUUAAGUAAGAUAUGGCCGCUACAGCAUUAUGAAGACGACUCAUGCGUUUGGUUUUAACAGGUCCCUGCCGUGAUCGUAUUUCAUGCAUGGCAUUGACAUUGUAGCCUAGCAUUGUCCUUGCAACGUCAGUUUACCCGUCUACAACUGUAAUGGACACUCAGGAUGAGCAGACGAAAGUCCAGAAGUGGCCGCGGUUGACAAAGUUCAUCUUGUCUGCGUGUGCUGCCUCUGUCGCUGAGUUUGUGACUUUCCCGCUGGAUCUUACUAAAACGAGGCUACAGGUGCAAGGCGAGGCAGCUGCCAGGCGUAGCGGUCUGACGUCCACGUCUCAGCCGAGCUACAGGGGAAUGCUCCGCACUGCCAUUGGUAUUGUACAGGAAGAGGGUCCACUGAAACUAUGGCAAGGCGUCACACCAGCAGUCUAUAGACAUGUUGUGUAUUCAGGAGGACGGAUGCUGGCCUAUGAACAGCUGAGAGAGCACGUUCUUGGUCGAAACACUGAUGGAAGUUUCCCCCUGUGGAAGGCGGUGGUCGGUGGAAUGCUGGCCGGUGCGCUGGGCCAGUUUCUGGCGAGUCCUACAGACCUGGUGAAGGUCCAGAUGCAGAUGGAGGGCAGACGUAUCCUGGAGGGGAAAGAGCCAAGAGUGCGGGGCGUUCUUCAUGCCUUUGUGAAGAUUUUCUCAGAGGGCGGAAUCCGAGGCCUCUGGGCUGGAUGGGUACCCAACGUCCAGAGAGCCGCAUUGGUCAACCUAGGAGAUCUCACUACGUAUGACACUGUGAAGCACUUUCUGCUGAGAAAUACUCCCGUGGAAGACAACAGUAUCUGCCACGGACUGGCCAGUGUCUGCUCUGGUCUGGUGGCUGCUACGAUGGGGACACCAGCUGAUGUGGUCAAGACAAGAAUCAUGAACCAACCCAGAGAUUCACAUGGCAGGGGCCUCUUGUACAAGUCCUCCAUCGACUGUCUGGUCCAGUCUGUGAGAGGAGAAGGGUUCUGGUCUCUAUAUAAGGGCUUCCUACCGACCUGGAUGAGAAUGGCUCCCUGGUCCCUGACCUUCUGGCUGACCUUCGAGCAGAUCCGCAAGGGCAUGGGGGUCUCCUCAUUCUAAUGCCAAGGUCAUCUCCUCAGUCUAACGCCUGCUGCCAAACUAGAAGCUUAUUUUUGAUACAGUAUACCUCUUCAGUAUACAGUAGGCAUAAGGCCAUCAAACUGUCCAUGGAAGAGAAGGGGUCCCCAGCCUUCAGUUGUCUAGUGAGCAUAGCAGUCUAUGAGCAUGGCAUUGGAAAUGCCUCAAUAAAGGUCUUUAAUGCCAAAAGACAUUCU